AUGUGUCAGAAAGUCGAGAUCCUGAUUGUCUGCUGCGAGGAGCGUUGCUCCAGUGUCUACAACAACGGCCUCCGAAAACCUCAGAUGCGCCUAAUCCCUCAUCCCGAGACAGCCUUCGUCCUCUGCGGUAAGGCAACCGAUAUGAACUACCGCAGCGAUCGAUUUUUCAUGGACCUCCCCAUCAUGUCCAGCGUCCCUACCAGCUGUCCCGACCUGCUCGUCAACUACAAGUUUCAGCUCGUCCUCUCACAGGUCGCUUCGAAGCACAUCAUGGAGUUGGAAACCAAUUCCCGGGUCCAAUGCAGACUCUGCUCUGGCAAGAAGAAACCUCAAAUUGUGUCGAUGUCCGAUAAAAAGUCUACUGUGCAGUCGAUGGCUCCUGCUGGACAGGCGCACGUCGAGGCUAAGUGGACGUGUUGUGCCGAAGACAAAUGCAACCCGAAUGCGGAGUGCGAGUGUCAAGCCGCUGCCCUCCUGUCUCGUGAUUCGGAUUGGGCAAAGGAAGGUGAGGCAUGCAUUUUGGCAGGAGAUGGCGACUUUGAUCUUGAUGACCAGAUCCCUCUUGCUGACGCUGCCCCUACCUACCCCUUGGAGGACCUUGGACUCAAUCAGACCUAUCCCUGGGAACUUUUCCGCAUCAACUCGAUUGAGAGAUUCAAUGAUGGUGGUUUCCUCAUCUCUUCCCGCCACUACUACUCCAUCUUCGAGAUCGCCAAGGAUGGAUCCGUUGACGCCCGCAUCCACGACGGGGGCAACGGCACCGCCCUGGUCCCCCUCUUCAACAACGACAACAGCAGAGGCCGGAGCGGCGUCAACCAGACCGUGCUCGCCGGCACUUCGGAGGAUACGUUGACCGAGAGGAUUUCUGCUGAGAAGACUUGCUUUGAGACCAAUGCCGCUUUCUCUGUCUCAGUUUAG